AUGUCAAACGGGACCUCCACGGUUUCCUCUACCUCCUCCACCACAUCUCCAACUUCGACAUCAAACUCCACUUCCACUUCCACAACACUGUCUGUCUCGUCGCCGACCACGUCAGCGACAGCACCAGCUACAGAGUCAAAACAAGGACUCUCGGGAUCUCAGAUAGGAGGGAUAGUCGGCGGUGUUGUUGGCGCGGCGUUCCUGCUCGGGGUUAUCGCGCUGUUUCUUUUCUUUCGUCGGCGGACGGGCAAGAGAGAUCUUGCACAGGAGGGUCCGGAUGCUCAGGGACCUGCUUCGGAGGCGGGUAAGCCGGUGGUGGAGGAGGACGUGGGGAAGGACGUGCCGAUGCUUGAGGGGACUAUGAGGCAGGAGAUGGAUGCGCAGGGCGGGGCGGCGUUGCAUGAGAUGGAAGGGGCCAGUGGACGGGGGGUAGUUGGGGUCGGUGGUGAGAAGGGGGCUGGUCUGUCGGAGUUGGAGGGACAGAGGACGGUUGUUGCUGAGUUGGAUGGAGCGUCUGUUGUUCGGGGUUCUGGUGGGUGA